AUGGACUGUGAAGUGGGAGUUCCCGGAGGUCUCAGGCGGCCACGCACGGCCCCGCCAGCGCGGCGCAGGCCCCGCCCCCUGAGCGCAAAGCCUCCGCCCCUCCCGGAGGCCCCUCCCACGCCCCGGGCUGCUCUGCUCCAGCUUCCAGGCUUCAGAAGCUGCGGCCGCAGCACCGCCUCCAACCCGGCCCGGUUCCAGCCCCUGGGGCCCGGUUCCAGCCCCUCUGGCCCGGCCCACUGGACAUGGAGCUCCGAGCAGCGCAUCCUGAGCUCCCGGCGCGCUCCAACCUACUCGUUCGUUUCCCUCAUAUCCUGGAACCAGCUUCCAACCUUUCUCAUCCCAAGCUCUGGAGACAGCAGCCUCCAGACUGCUGAGGGCAGAGACAGCAUGAAGACCCCGGGCCGCCUUCUGCUCCUCAUACUGUUCACCUUGACACUCUCUGCCUUCUAUGUCUUCCUGUGCUGCUGGGCCUGCCUGCCCCUCUGCCUGGCAACCUGCCUGGACCGCCACCUCCCUGCGGCCCCCAGAUCCACUGUGCCAGGGCCCCUGCACUUCAUUGGCUACAGCAGUGUGCCAGACGGGAAGCCACUGAUCCGAGAACCGUGCCACAGCUGUGCGGUGGUGUCCAGCUCCGGCCAGAUGCUGGGUUCGGGCCUGGGUGCCCAGAUCGACGGUGCAGAGUGCGUGCUGCGCAUGAAUCAGGCGCCCACUGUGGGCUUUGAGGAAGACGUGGGCCAGCGCAGCACUCUGCGAGUGAUCUCGCACACAAGUGUGCCAUUGCUCCUGCGCAACUACUCGCACUAUUUCCAGCACGCCCGGGACACGCUGUACGUGGUGUGGGGCCAGGGCAGGCACAUGGACCGGAUGCUGGGCGGCCGCACCUACCGCACACUGCUGCAGCUCACCAGGAUGUACCCGGGCCUGCAAGUAUACACCUUCACUGAGCGCAUGAUGGCCUACUGUGACCAGAUCUUUCAAGAUGAGACCGGCAAGAACCGGAGACAAUCAGGCUCCUUCCUCAGCACCGGUUGGUUCACCAUGAUUCUGGCCCUGGAGCUGUGCGAGGAGAUCGUGGUCUACGGGAUGGUCAGUGAUAGUUACUGCAGUGAGAAGAGUCCCCGCUCUGUGCCCUACCACUACUUUGAGAAGGGCCGUCUAGAUGAGUGUCAGAUGUACCGUUUGCACGAGCAGGCCCCGAGGAGUGCCCAUCGCUUCAUUACCGAGAAGGCUGUGUUCUCCCGCUGGGCCAAGAAGCGGCCCAUUGUGUUCGCCCACCCGUCCUGGAGGACCAAGUAGUUCCUGUUGCCAGUGACCGCCAGACCUCGGCCAGGCCUGUGACCCAUUCCAGGCCAGCGCGGCUCCAAUAUAAACAUUUAUGACUUUGACCUUCUACCUGACACCAGGUGGAACCUGAGGUCUCAAUUACCCAGCACUGGGUAUUCUUUGAGGAAUCUCAGGCCUUGUGACUUGAAGGGGAGUAGAGACGGUGCCAUGUGUACCACCCCUACUUCCAGAAGAAUCCACAUCUUCAUCUUGGGGUUUGUCCCACUUCCGGGUUGUCUAAGUGGCCUUUGCCCUGGGGCCAUCGAUGACCCCACCUCACCAGCAUUAUGGCUUUGUACCGGUCUUGAUCUUUCCUGUACCUAGCUCCAGCCACUUGGUGCCACUUUCUCAGGCUGGUGGCCCUGAGAACUUGGGAUUCGAUGGGGGCAAGGGUCUUUGUGCAUCAACCUCCCAGGGCUGUCUCAGGAGUGUGCCAGUAAAUGUGGAUUUUCUGGA